UGAUUAAAAAAUGGAAGAAGAUUAAGAAAAGUAUUUGGAAGAUGCCCGUAAAGUUGUCAAAGAACAAGCAUAUUUUAUGAGGGCUUCGUUAGAGAAGGCUUAAUUAAAAGAUGCCUUGAGAUAUUCUUCAGCAAUGUUGAGUGAAUUGAAAACUUCUUUGUUGAGUCCAAGAAAUUAUUACAUUUUGUUUAUGUAGGUGUUUGAUGAGAUGCGUAUAUUGGAGAAUUACUUCAAAGAAGAGUAUAGAAGAGGAAGGAAAAUGCCAGACUUAUAUGAAUCAGUUUAGCAUGCCACAUACGUCAUUCCACGUUUAUAUCUACUAAUCACAGUGGGAUCGGUAUUCAUAUAAACUCAUGAAAUUGGAGCAAAAGUGAUCUUGCUUGACUUAUUGGAAUGUAUAAAAGUAAUAAUAGUAAAUAUACUAGGCUAUUCAACAUCCAUUAAGAGGAUUAUUUAUUAGAUAUUAUUUUUUGAAAUUGUGCAAAGACAGAUUGCCAGACACAGGAUCUGAAUAUGAAGGAGCUGGAGGAAAUAUUGAUGAUGCCAUUGAAAUAAUUAUAAGAAAUUUAUCAGAGAUGAAUAAAUUAUGGAUAAGAAUGUAAGGUUCUAAAGAGAAAUCAAAGAGAGAAAGAGAAAGGAUGGAUCUAAAGGUAACAAUUGGAGAAAAUGUUACAAGAUUGAGCAACUUAGAAGGAGUGUCAUUAGAUACUUAUAAAGCAAAGGUUUUACCUAAAAUCAUUGAUAUAAUUACCAGUAGUAAAGAUGCAAUCUCUUAAACAUAUUUAAUGGAUUGCACUAUUCAAGCUUUUCCAGAUGAGUAUCAUUUGUAAACUCUUUAAGAACUUCUUAAGGUUUGUACAACUCAACUUGAACCUACAGUCGAUAUCAAAAAUAUAUUCAUUAAUCUUAUGGGUAGAUUAGCUGAUUUUGCAUUAAAUAAUGAUAUGGGCACAUUUAAUUCUGAAGUCGAUAUUUACAGCAUGUUUAAAUAAAAUAUUGACAAAGUAUUAAUAUCAAAUUUAUAUAUAGAUGUUAGAUUCUAACAGUCAAAUAGAAUUUAAAAAUCUAUUAGAUUUAUAAGUUGCUUUUCUCAAUUUUACACUUAGAUGCUAUCCCUCUAAUUCAGAAUAUGUCAAUGAUAUACUUAAAUCAUGUUGUAGAUUAUGUGAACGAUAAAAUGAAACUGAUUUCACUGAAGAAUGCUAAAAAAAUAUUGUUAAGUUUCUAGCUAUGCCUUUGGAUACUAUGAGUUUAUCUAUUCUAACUAUGAAUGAGUAUCCUAAUCUUAUGAAACAUCUUCCAUUUUAAAAAAGAAGACAAGUUGCUAUCAAAAUCUGUUAAGCUGUUGUCAACUUAAAUUAAGUUAUAGAAGAUUUAAAAAUCACUGAAGAGUUACUCAAAUUUAUUUCACCACUCUUGAUUACAUAAAAUGAUUAUGUUGAAAUUCCAGAAAAUGAAUUUGAAGAAGAAUAAUAAUUAGUAGCCAGAACUGUUCAUCUAGUUUCUAAUCAAGACUUAUCAAUUUAAAACACUAUUUUAUAAAAAUUUAUUGCCAAAUUCAAACUCGGAGAUGUUAACAGAUAAAAAUACACUUAUCCUGCUGCCAUUUUUGCUUUAUUUAAAUUAGUUUAACAAAUAGCAGGAUAAACAGAACGAUAAUGUAAUUUAUAUUUUAUUAUUACUUUAGAAGAAAUAUCCUACAAAGCCUUAUUUGACUAAAUCAAAGAAUUAAUUGAGGUUUUACAAGGAAACUUUCCAGAGUUAGCUUUGAAACUUUACUUAAACUUUUUGUUAUGCAUCAAUACUGUUGAUCAAACUCAAGAAUUUGAUGAAUUCUCUUAUGAUAUAGGAACAUAGAUUAUCACCAUAUUCUAAGAUGAAAUUGGAGAUUCUAAUUUAAAAGUUACCUUAUUAAAUUAAAUUAUGUCUACUUUUGCAUAAUUAAAUUGUAUUAAUCCUGAAAACUUUGAUACUCUUGCUGGAAAUGCCACAUAACAAGCUGCUAAAUUAUUAAAGAAGAAUGAAUAAGCUAUUGGUGUCCUCAAUUCCACUCAUAUGUUUUACAAUAGAUAUUAAAAAAAUGCUUAAAGAGUUCAAGAAUGUUUCAAAAAGGCUUUGAAAAUAGCAAACCAAAGCAUUGGAAACAAUCCAAAAUUUGUAUAUGUUUUUAUUUAAAUUUUGAAUAAAUAUUUCUAUUUCUUUGAAUAAGUUGAAGUAAAUAAUUUAUUAAUCAAUUUAGUUUAAAGAAGCAGAAAUCUAGGAAGUUAUCAAAAUAAUUAAUGAAAAACUACCCAAAGCAUUGUCAGAUAAUGAUGAGCAAUCCAAAAAGAUUAAAAUAUUAUGGACAGCAACAUAAGAACUUGUAAAAGAAAGAAAAAGAAGAUCCAUUUAAGCCUAUCAAUAAAUAAACAUUUGAGUAUGAUAUGAACCGAAUAUUUAAUUAUCAG